CUAAAGCCAAAGGGGAAUUUCAUGACUACUGUCGAUCGAAAGACGACUUUUUGGGCUGUUAUAUUGGGAUAGCACCAAACAUUAGGAGAAUAAUAUUUCUAAAAGCUUCUUGUACAGGAUAGUUGACUACCAGUAUACCUGCUAGUUUGUCUGCAGGACCUGCAUAAUACCCUUCAGAGAACAUUUACUUUCUGAAAAUGGAAUCAUGCAGUUGGUUGGGUGUAGCAGGUGUUUUUCUGAUGCUUUGUCUCCAACUUGUACAUGGAAAAAAAGUGGAUAUGAUUUCAAAGUGCCAUGGAAAAUACCACAGUGAGCCGAUUGAAUUGAGUAGUAGUGAUAUCGCUGAAGUGAAUAUUGAUGGUUCCAACUGGUGGACUGGACACACCUGUGUAUUGACUUUCAAAGCUGAUGAUACGUAUGAUGACCUUAAGUUGAAGUUCAUCAAGUAUAAUUUGCAUGACUGUGAUGUCAAGUUCCAGGUUUAUACGUCACUUACAGGCUUGUUUCCUUCAUCAGGUCAUGAAAGUACCUACUCCUGUUCAAAUGCACCACUUUUGAACUGGCAAUCAACCAAAAAUAGAUAUGUGAGGCUCAAACUUUCAAGAGGUCGUAACUUCAAUAGGGAUUUCAGCAUUUCUCUUGAGCUAAGUGUUGAAGAUUAUACUUUCAGUCCUUCAUCAAAUUCCACUGUUGGGUUGGACUUUUCAGCAGUUAUCGGAGUGAUUGUUGUGGUGGUUGUGUCGGCCAUCGUGUUCACCAUUAUAGUUGUCUGGUGUUGUUGUAUAAGGUCGAGAAGGUCAUCAGGAACAGUGCUUCGCCAAAAUUACCAAGCAGCUCCUGUGACAACAUCAAACAACCCCAACACAACACAUCACUUUGUGCCUCAACCACAGGGUAUACAACCAUCAGCUCCUUAUCCAACAUUACCAGGAGGCCAUGCUCUGGGCAACUACCCCUAUGGCUAUGGUUAUCCCCAAGGUGUAGCUGUUCCCCCAGCGUACCUGCCCACAGCCCCUGUGGGCUACCCUGUACAGCCCCCAGGGUACCCUCAACAAGCAACCCAGCCAGGCAUAAUAGAACCAACAGCCCCGCCACCAGUGACUGAACCACCACCUCCUUAUCCAGGGCCAGAGUCUACCCCAUUAAAGGGAUACUAAAAGGAGGGGGAGGUAAUCAUUGCCUGUAUAAGUUAAAGGGACAUACCGCCUAAAGAAAUUCAAACAUUUUGAGGUGGUUCAACUAAAUACAAAAGUGAGUUACAUUUGACUCCAAACUAAAUCUCCUGGAUCUAUAUUUUCUGACAAAAUGUCAAUUAAGAGAGUUAUAACGGGAAAACAAUCACUUGUUUAAACUGUCCACCUGACAAGGUAACAGGGCAAUGAGACAGCGCAAAGAUUCCCACAAUGCAGGUGUGGGUCGCACAAGUAAACAAUACGAUAGAUUAAAAGCGAAUUAUGAGUGUAGUAAACCAAAUGUAAUAUCUUUUCUAUUGAUAAUGUUUCAUACGGUAUUCGUAAUUCCCCAGCGAUUUGUAUGGCAAAACUGAAGUUACAUGGCAGUUCAAGUUCGCUGAACAUCUGCUGGCAUCGAGACAACAAGGGGAGGUAACUUACAAAAAAAAAUCAGUCACUCGAGUCACUCAAAUACAGUGACUCGAGUGAGUUGAUGGUCAAAGGAAAACCCCAAAUAAAACUGAACAUUCGACAUUUGGAAGUCUUAACUUUAUGUAGAUGUCUAAAAUAACAGCGCAACGGCGGUGGUAUGCCCCUUUAAGGACAAUGAACGCAUGAAGGGAAUUCUAAAUAGAUGACACAUUUGAAUACUGUUACAGGUGUUAACUUCUGUGAAAAGGAUAACCCGUCCUUGUAAAAGCUGUUGAUUAAAGUGAUAAUUACCUGACUAUUAGUAAGCUUAAUACAGUCUUAGCUGACAACCCGUUUUGCAUAGGUGUUCCAUUCAAGUUGAAAUUGCCCUUUUUCAGGAAUCCAGGUUUGAAUGAUAGGAUCUGGUAGUAGUUUUAAAUUGUAAGGCCAGCAAUAGCAAUGCUUGUGGUACAUGUAUGUACCCUAAUUAUAUAUCUUUUUCAACAGCCUCUGCAACCAAUAUUUUGAAAUAGAGACAACUGUGGAGUGUAGAGGAAUAAAUUGCGCAGUUUUUUGAAGCUUACAUUUAAUGAUGCAAACAAAUUGUUUUGGCCUCAUUUUCAUUACAAUCGUAUUCAUGAAGUCCACUGAAAAAAUUGCUUCAGUUGAAAAAGCUGAAGACUUACAGUGCAUACAUGCAUCCAGAGUUACAUUUAUAGGCAAUGUUGUUCUGCUCAAACUCAACAAAGGUGUGAAUCUCUGUUCAGAUUUUGAUUUGAACUUUUCCACUAUAAUGUUAAUGUAUGAUAUACUGUUUUGGCCACAAGUAUCCAUGUAUUUCAUACACAUCUAGGAAGCCUUUAGUGAUUUGACUUGACUCGUUGUACACUUUGAUAUCACCUUUGAUACGUAAGCCCUGGCAAUAAACUCCUUAUUGCAAAUUUGAAGUAUGGUUACAGGUUAAAACUUGCAUGUAUUUAAUAUUGAGAUUGUGUGUAAGAAAGUUUAUUGUUUAUGUUUUCUAGAUUAUUGCUUUGUUUAUAAAAUGUUUUAUUGUUACACCAGUUUUCUGUUGGGGUAAAUAGUGAUGGUGGAAAGACUGUUUUAUCAUAGCUUUAUGUAUGGCUGUUCAUUUGUAUCAGUACAUUUGGAAACUGGUUUUCAUAGGGUCUAAUAACAUUAAACCCCAAGCACUCACUCAUUCAUAGGGUCUAACAGCUUUAUAAGGUGCAGUAUUGGUAUGGAAUACCAUUUAGGCAAGUGGUAUAAUCUUCAGGUAUUAUUCAACACAGUUGAAACUUUUGUGUUUUUACUUAUGAUAACUUACUAUAAAGACAAGGCUUUAUUGCUAUAGAUGGACUGUGAUUCACAUUGCAUCCAUGUUGGACAUCUGUUGUGAUCUUACUCAGCAAAGGAAAUCAUGUAUCUGACCUGAAAAUGUUGAACAUAUUGGUAAGAACAUGCUGAUUCUGGAAUAGCAGCGAGUGACCUUUGUUGUCUUAAUGUAACUCACUUUCCAUGGGUAAAUGUGCAAACCGCUAUCAUGUCUCUACUGUAUGAACCUAAAGACUUUGGAAGCAGCAAUGCAUGAUACACAUGCUGAGCACAAUUUGGUAUUUAAUGGUGGUUGUCAUAAAGCCAUGUAACAUCACUAAGGUUUCGUAUGAAUACAUUGACAUUUACAUGUAACAAAGAUGAAUGAAGCUUAACUUGAUCAAUGUAAAACCUUUAAAGUAUAACAUUGAAACGUAAUAAGUACUUUUCUUAAAUUUUACAGAUUCUCAAUUUCACAUGUACAAAAGUUUGAUUGGUGGUAUUUUUACGCAACUUACAUGUAGUAGUCUUUUUUUUUAAUUAUGGCACAAUGGGAUUUUAAAACAUUCUCCUUGAAACACUGAUUUGUUGAUACUAAGUACUAAGUCAGACUAGGGUUCAGCUUGUAUUCUUUCAUUUAAAUGUGUUGAGAUUGGGUCACAUGUUAAUUCACUCUAAACUGAAAAAAAUCACUGGUGAUCAAAGACCUUGCUUAUUAUCAUUGUAAAUUUGUAUUUGCAGCUGAACACAAUUGAUUACUUGAUCAUGAUAUGAUUUGAAAGGCUAUUAUCAAUGGAUAGUACAGCUGCCCUGUUACCUCCUUAGGGCAAAAUGGAAAAAUGUUACAGUACCACUGUCCACAUUAGCUAGUGGUACUGUACUGACAGAACUAUUAGUUAUUUUUACUGCUUUGAACUGAUUCUCACAGCCAUAUUGACGAUUGGCACUGCUUAAUAUGGCUGUACUGACACAUAUAUUGGCUACUUGAAUUAAAUUGCAAAAAAAGAUGGUUUUUGAUCAGCACAACCUGGCCAUUUAUGUUUGUGCUAAUAUACAACUUUCCAUGUUUAUAGUCUUUAUGUCAAAAACUGUAUAGUGUUUUUUUUAGCAUACAGGGCCUUUUUGUUUGAUAUUCUCUUUAUACUCAUAGUCUCGUAAUAAUAAUGGAGAAUUAAAGCCUUUUGAUGCACAUGCUGGGACCUUCGUGCAUAAAAUAAAGUUAUUACUCACUUGGUGAAGAUCCCAGCAUGAAGAUUGAAAGCAAGUGUAAACAUUUACAUUUUUAUUAUUUGUUUGAUUUUACUUUGCAUUUAUGUACAUUAAUAUCACUUACUAGUGGACAGUAUUCCCAAUUGGAGAAGUUAAAUCGAUGUGUGUUAUUUUUGGAUGUGCGCUGAUAUUGGUCUGUACCUUCAUUGUAAAACAGAUUAUUUUUGGAUCAGCAGAUAGUCACAGUUAUCUGGUAUAUAGAAUUUAUUGUGUGUAAAUUUGCACACCUCCCCUGUAGUGGAGUACAAAGAGAGUAAUUAUUUGAAGAUACAGUUACGUUUUUUCAUAGCAUACUCUACCCCUAAAAGGUCAGAAAAAUCUUGGCAUCUCUUGAAAGGCACACUUUUCUACGCCUGUCCUGUUUUUGAUUGUUCCCAAUAGAUAGGCAGACCUUUGAAGUGGUAAGAUUCAUUUGUCUCCAUAUUGUAGUCUCUGUUAACAGUAUUGCUUCAUUUUUUUGGAUAGGGAUAUCCUUUUGUGUGUCUUAUUAAUGUAUGUUAUUGUUAAUUACUUUUGAUUACUAUCACAAGGAAUCUGUGUUUCAUUUUUAUCACUUUAGUCAUAUAGUGAUCAAAAUGUCUAUACAUGCAAUUCUGUCUCCUAUAUUAUGUGAUUGAACACAGUUUUUACCAACUUGGUGGGAUUGAUUGACAUGAUUGACAUAGUAUACAGAUGUACAUGUGCUGUAGAAGUUAUUUUGCUACUCUUCAUGUACAGAGUUAUCACCCUUUGUAAACAUUUUUCCAAAGACUUUAACGAAACUUGGCAGAUCUGUUGGGGAUGAUAUUUAGGUCUGCAUGAGGUUUUUCAUGGGGUUCCAUGCCAUGAAUUAUCCUUCAAGUUAUCUUGAAAAUAAAAUUUGGAUCUGAAAUGAGAGCUUGCCAAAGCAGCUUCUAAAAUUAUCCAUGAAUUUUUAUGAAACUUAGUGUUAGGGACAAUAUAGUGAAAUGUACAGUAGGUGGCUUUUUGUGGUUUUGUUCCAUGAAUUAUUUUCCAAGUAAUGAUAUGAGACCUUGUCAGUGGGACGAAUACUGUGCAGCCUUACCAUAUGUUGAUAAAAGCCUCCAGACAAAAAAUUACUUGAUGUAUUGGUAUACUGGUGUAGGUUUACAAGCAAUUUGUCAUCGUGUAUUAUUGUUGUUCCAAAGGAAAGCAAAAUAUACAAUGGGUUCUUUUUUAAGUGACGUAAAAUUAGACCGCAGUAAUGCACAUACAAACCGUACACAUACAAGCACAACCACACAUAAAGGUUAUGUAUGUUAUAUUCUGUCUACUUGUAGUUGGCUGACACUGACGAUAUUUUUUAUGCAUGAGAAAUUUUUCUUUCAUAAUAUAUCUUGGGAAAUACAGGUAAAGUAAUCUCCUUAAAUGGUUCAUGUAAAAUAUGUAUAAUUUGGUUGGUACUGUCAUUGGUCGCAAAUAAUUACUUUAAAAGCACUUGUCAUAUUAUUCUCUCUAAAUGUAGGUACAGUAUCCUUCUACCCACUGACCUAAAUAUCAGUUGAUUUUGUUUGAUACAAACUUAGGAAGAUAUCAGUAAGUAUUAAGACUGUUAUUAAAAUAAUGACGGACCCUCACUGGAAGAAGAGCUUAUUGGAUUCUCUAGUAGCCCAUGACUGAUGAGAUUGUGAGUUCAGUUGAUUCAGCUGUAGCUCUUUGCAUUUAUGAGAUACCCAGUACCAUACAAAAUAUGGAGAUUUGCCACGUAUAGCAUGUUUUCUCCACCAGUAAAUGCGGCUGUCAUUAUUAUAUGUUAAUGUAAGCAUUAUCAAGUACUCUAUGGUGUAAAACGCCAAUCAAAUAUGCAGUAAAAGCAUGAAAGAACAAGUUCGUUUUUCUUCUUUAUUGUAAUAUAUUUGUUUAUUCUUCGAUAAAUGUCAACUACGAUGUUUUUCUUUUCGAUGUUUAUGGAUGUCUUGUAAAGAUCAUGUAUAGCGCAAGAGGAAAUAAAUCUGUUUUGUAAGUAUUAGCGUCGGUUUCAUUGUAUGUUUUCUGCGGAGAAAGAACGCUCAGAAUUUUGAAUGUCUACUGCGUACAUGUAUCUUAUGUGCACGCAGAAUAAUAAAUUACGAAAUUUUGAAAGGCCAGAUC